GGUAAACUUGUCCAGGCACAUAAACUUGUUUGAUUGUUGUGCAAAAGACUUGAGUACUUCAGAUUCAGGGGACAGGGGACGCGUCACGGCAAACGUGUGGACCGGGGGCUCUGCGAAUUCGUCGUCGGCCAUCACCGACCGCGGUGCUCCCUGAGGGCUGGGCCAUGCUACGGCCGGCGCGCGUCGGCUGGCCUGGUUGGAGUUGGGCCGCAUGGGCCGAGAUGGCGCACCGUUUAUUUGCUGCAAGCAACGGCAGCAACCAGUCCGGACUCCGGACACAACACCUACCGGUCAAAUUGUCAAGUGGUAACUCGACAAGAAGGCAGCAAAGCCAGCAACUAGUCCCUGUGUGGCUGUGUGCACUUGAUCACUUUGAUGAGCGAUCGCUCGCAUGAUCUCCUUGAGCUUAAACCCAGCUUAAUUAGCUCCUAUGGCAACCCUCAGCUAUGCCCUCUGUUUCGCCAUCGUCGCUGGCGCCAUCGCGGCGUCCCUCUGGGCGAUGCUGUCCUCCCGCAAGCGACCGCCGUCGGAUGGAUCGUCACCACCGCACGCGGUGGACGACGCCGCCGCCGCAUCGAUCGGUUCGGCCGGGGCCUCCGCGAUGUGGAGCAGCCGCUGGAGCGGGGUGCGCCCGGCGUGGCUGCUACUCGCGUCCAGAGCCGCCGCCGCGGUCGCCCUCGCCGGCGUGCUACUCUGGGACGCGCUGACCUACGACCUCACCAUCAUGGUGUACUACACGGAAUGGACCUUCAUGCUAGAGAUCGUCUAUUUUGUGAUAGCUACGCUCUUUUCUGCAUACGGAUGCUUCAUGUACUCAAUGCACCACCGCCAUGUCACCAUGCUACCCGAGAUCGACGAGAGCUUGGUAGGACUCAGCGGCAGCCUAAUGGAGAUCAACCAUGGCGCCGAUCAGAAGGGAGGAGCUGGACUGAACCAGCUGGGGCGCUUCAUGCAGAUUGUCUACCAGGUCUUGGGCGGCGCGGUUGUGCUGACGGAUGUGGUCUUCUGGGCUCUGAUAGUACCCUUCAUGUACUCCUCUCAUUUCAGCCUCAAUGCAGUGAUGGGCUGCAUUCACUCUUUCAACCUUGUGUUUCUGCUGAUAGAGACUACUCUUAACAACUUGGAGUUCCCUUGGUUCAGAAUGACGUAUUUCGUUCUUUGGACAUGCUCGUAUGUAAUCAUCCAAUGGGUCGUACAUGUUUGUGGCUUGAAAUGGUGGCCGUACCCAUUCCUUAACCCUGCAGCACCAUGGGCUCCACUAUGGUAUUUCUGCAUCGCACUACUCCAUUUGGCGUGCUACACCGUGUAUUGGGCCAUUGUAAGGGGAACGAAUUGGUGGCUUAGAUCUUGUACUAUCCCCACGCGUUAAUUAUAGUGUGGAUAUAUAAUGGAAUACAAUAGUACUAGUAUUUGUAAAGGGACUAGCUAUACAGUUGUGAUUUGUCGUCAAAUUUUAUAACUAAAUUUUUUUGACAAAUGCAAAUAUAAUACAAUCUUAAUAUAAUUACAUUGUAACUUGCAUUUAACUAUAGUGUAACUUUCAAAAAUCUCUAAUUGACAUGCUAUUUUCGUGAAAACGGAGGCAUUGGUACCGAAUCCCCUCACAUGUGCGUGGGUUGUGAUUUUUUCCUACCCCCGCACAAAUUUUAAAUCAUUUCGAACGGUUCAAAAUCACAUUAUAAUUGCAUGCAAGUUACUACAUAGUAGUUACAUACAAACUACAAAAUAGUUACAUUGAGAUUGUACUAUAUUUCUAUCUAUCAAAAUUUUUAGAAGAAAAAUUAUCAAUAAAUAUAUAGCAAAAUCGUUUGUAAAUGCCACAAUACAGAGACUGCAUCCAUAUCCAUUGUUGAUCAGGUUUAUGUGUGUGUAUAUCUUCGGCACUUCAUUGUUUUCUGUAAGCAUGCUUGUUACCAAAGAUCGAUGCGUGCAGGGCGAGAUACAAAGCACGAAGGGCGUCGCCGCCAACAGCGGGCAGCGGUGGGCAGCCGGGCAGGAGCACCUCGCCGCCGGCAUCGCUGUUCCGAGCCCAUCCAGCGUGCUAUGUGGCUGGCCAAACUGCAAUGGGCCGCAGGGAAAAUUAACAAACGGCCCGACAAAACUUUUAGACCCAUUAAAGAUGGCCCUCAUUGUAUCGCGAACCAAGACCAGCCCGUGGCAAAUUAAUAAACGGCCCGAUAAGU